AUGGAGAAUUGCAAUCCCGUGAGCACCCCCGUUGAAUGUGGAGUUAAAGUGUUCAAGCAUGGAGAGGGAGAAAAGAUCAAUCCCACACUUUUCAUGAUUCUUGUUGGAAGCUUAAGGUACUUGACAUGUACAAGACAAGAUAUUCUUUUUGGUGUUGGACUUGUGAGUCGCUUUAUGGAAGAGCCUACUACCUCCCAUUUGAAGGUAGCAAAAAGAAUACUUCGAUACAUCAAAAGUACCCUUGAUUAUGGAAUAUUUUAUUCAUUUUCCAAAGACUCCAAACCUGUUGGAUAUUGUGGCAGUGAUUGGGCUAGUGAUAUUGAUGAUCGAAAGAGUACUACUGGGCACCGCUUCUACGAUUUUUCACUUAAGUCCCCUUUCCGCACCUGCGACCCAGACUCCGCAUCUGCGGGCUCGCGGUGCGGCUCACCUCCCGCAUCUGCGUCUUCUCUCUCUUCGCAUGUCGCUGCAUCUGCGGCUCACAUCUGCUUCUGCGAGUCUGUGCGGUCCCCUAGCCGCAGGUGCGGUUAUGACAAUAAUCGAUAA